CAGAAUUUCGCGAGCGCACUGCAGCUGAGCACAGCGCUGGGUGUGGAUGCACAAGUAGAAGCCGUCCUCAUGGCUCGAAUUGGAUUAUGCCAGGCACGGCAAGAAGAGCUGGCCAAGGCUUCGGGGAUGUUCUCUGUGGCGGUUCCCAUGCUGCAGGAAUUUUACUGGAAGCCAAGGACAGCAGAUGAUGUGAAAUUUGAUCUCUGGAACGCGUGGAUGGAGGAUGCAAGGGUGAUGGAACAGAUGG